AUGUUUGAAGAAGACUUGCUAGCUGUUAAUAGGGCCGGAUUAACCAACCAGCAAGCAGGGCGCGAUAAUACUUCCGCCCGGCCCGUAUUUUCCGACCCGGAAAUAAAAUGUUGUGAAGAGGCGAGUCCCGGCCAGAAGCAAGACUGCCUAGGCUGGCGGCGGCGGCUGUUGAUAUUCGAGCGAAGGAAAAAUUUCGCCGCGCGGCAAAAUUUCACAAUUGGCGCCCAACGUGGGGUCUCUACUUCAAAAGUUUUAGGUGACAGGUAUAGCAGGAGUCAAGGUGAUUACCCUCGUCAAUUUUUAGGUGAUGAGUAUAUCACAGAUAAAAUUAAAAUGGUUUCUCCCAAACUUUUAGGUGACAGGUAUGGCAGUGACAGCAGUGAAAUUCCUAAUUCCAAAUUUUUAGGUGACAGGCACGACAGGAGCCGUAACGAAACCUUCCCAGCUUUUUUAGGUGACAGGGCUGGUUCUACCAAAAAUAUUUUAGAUUUUAAGUAUCAGGUAGGUCAACAGUCAGUACCGGAGGCAGUUGUUUGUAAAACUUCUCCAGGAUUUUCAGGUAAUGGGUUUGACGACGCACAGAAAAUUUUCAGUUUUAAGUCUGCGGAAUUCGCGCCAGAACAAGUUUUACCAGUUUAUAAGCCUACGCCAGCACAAAGGCUUUCUGUUAUUCGUAAACGUAAUAAUGUUUCAAAUUCUAGGAAUAGGUGCAGAAUGGUUCAAGAGGAUGAAGAAGUCGAACACAGUCCUUCGUUUGACAACCACGGGGAAUCACUGCAUUGUCAGCCGAGUGUAAAUACCAAACAUCACAGGUUGGUCCGACAUCACGAGCUGUUAAAACCAGACAAGUUUGAUGGCACUGGGUGUCUCAAAACUUUUCUUAAGAAGUUCGAGAUAUGUGCUAUGUAUAACCAAUGGAGUAUGGACGACAUGGAAGCGUAUCUGUCAUGUUCGUUGACAGGUGAAGCUGCUGAAGUUCUUUGGGACUUAGCGGGACUAGGUUAUCAAGAAUUAGUAACAAAGUUAGAAAACCGUUAUGGAACGAGUGAUCACGAAGAGUCCUUACCCGGGCGAACAGUCAAAGUUGGCGGUACAUUUAACAAGAGAUUUUUUUUAUUUGCUCUUAAUGACGCUGAUUUAGAACUGAAAGUUAGGAACAUGCAGGAUACAACAGAAAACAGGAUGAAGGCAGUGGAGUGGCAAUUAAACGCGCUUCGUCAAUCGGUUGACGUCAUUCAAGACAAUAAGGUACAGUCAGCUGUCCCUCGGAGCAGGAGUGAAAAAGUUUGUUUUGGCUGUGGAAAACCAGGACACUUCAUCUCCCAAUGUCCUCAGAAAAAUAUACCAAACAAAAAAAGAUUGGGUUUGUUGGAUAGCGGAAGCAGGGUAUCUAUCAUCCCGUCCUCAAUGGUUGACGUCGCGAGGGUCACACCUACCAAAAGAUCGCUGAAGGCCGCUAACAAUACAGAAAUUCCAAUAAAGGGGGAAAUGAGACUAUGGAUAAAGGUUGGUGGAUUUUCUAAGCUUGCUUCGGUUUUGGUAUCGGACCACGUGUCAGAAAUUAUCUUGGGUUUAGACUGGCUAGUAAAUAAUAAAGUCUCAUGGAAGUUUGACGAAGCACAAAUUACCGUUGGUAACAAAAAUAGAGUAGUGAAGUUGGUCACUAAAAGAUUGUCAGAGAGGCAAUUGUGCCGAAUCUAUUCCAGUGUGGAAGUGCAAAUUUUGGCACGAGCUGAAAUAGAUGUACCAACAAAAUUGGUGGGAACGCGGUUGGCCGAUCUUUCAUGGGUCAUCGUGGAAAAUAAGUUGGAUCAACAACUGCUGCAGGAGAAUCUAGUUAACGUCAAAACCAUAAUUGACGAAUUGACCAGGGAUGCCCCCGAAGAAGGAAGGCGUGAAUUAUCUGAGUUAUUAAAUAAUUUUCAGGAUGUAUUUAGUGAUACAGGUACAGAAAUUGGAGUUGCAAAAGGGAUUUAUCAUAAGAUCAACACAGAGCAGGCCCGGCCAAUAAAGCAACAACUCAGACGUCAUCCCCCGGCACACCAAAAAGUUAUCGCAAAACAGGUAGACGAAAUGUUGGAGCAAGAUGUGAUUGAGCCAUCUCGUGGGCCUUGGUUAAAGACAGGGGCACUUUAUUGGAAGUCAUUGUAUGAUGCUAAGGUCAAAGUCCUGACUCUACGACCGGGAGACAAGGUAUGGGACCUGUACCCAAGAUCAUGGCAAGAAAAAUCUCCAAAAUGGGUCAGCCCAUACGUGGGUCCAUAUAUAGUGGAUCAUUUAAUUCCUCCAGUCAAUGCGGCAAUAAAAAAAACGACAGAGCUAAACCGUAGGAUGAAACAGUGCAGCAAAUGUGGGAGAAGGAUGUUGACACGCAACCACAAGAGACAUUUCGACAGGUGCUCUGGAGCGGGAAACAGCGCAUCAGAUAGCCAGCUAGUGUCACUGGGACGAGCAAUCCCGUAUUUAGAAAACAGUACACCGGAGAAAGCGGUCAACGCUUGGAAAUUAUCGUUCCCGGGUAUUCCGUCAAGUGAAUUAUGGAAAAAUUACGUAGUCGCAAGGGCAUCAAUGAGUGAACUGGUCGCAGCAUUGACCCCGAGCUUCUCACUUGAAAAUUGUGCUGAGGAACCGACACAACGAAAAAGACGGGCAAGCGAAGCUAGGCGGUGGGUGAAUCAGUUUAUAGCUUUCGAACUGCCCAAUGAAGCCCACCAAGAAACAUCACUGGGGUCAGUGCCCAUGUCGAGCCACGUAGAAAUAGCGGGCGAAAGCUUGGUCGACACACCAUGCUCAACUGCCAGACCGUCGCUGUGGACUGGAUACUGGAAGGCCAGGUUUACGAGGGCGAGACGCCAUUCCCUGUAG